AUUGUUCAAAGUUCGAAGCCAAGUAAAAGACCUGAACGAUCAUGACCUUGAUAAGGAGAUUUUUUAACUUCAACAAACUCAAACUAGUCAAACUCCUUAAUAUCAGUUCUGUUUCAGGUUUCAGUUCAAUUUUACUAUCAAGCCGGCUUAUCUUUAGACCUUGUAGUAAGAGUCAGAGUAGUAUCAGUUGUGUUCCAACAUCAAAUAAUUUCUCAACUGCACCUAGAAUGGCAAAAUCUGCUCUUGUAUUAAUUGUAGAAGGAACUGAGGAGAUGGAAUUUACCAUAACAGCAGAUGUACUUCGUCGUGCUGGGGUCAAGGUGGUUGUGGCUGGAGUUGAAGGUUCGAACCCAGUGAAGUGUAGCCGGGAUGUGGUCAUCGUGCCGGACACAAGUCUGGCUGAGGCUGUCAAGAAAGGCCCCUACGAUGCUGUCGUGCUCCCAGGCGGUAUGGGGUAUAAGAAGUUUGCCACAUCUACUGAAGUUGGAUCAGUGCUCUCAAAACAAGAGGAGACCGGAGGAAUAAUUGCUGCUAUUUGUGCAGCUCCUUCUGUUCUGAAGACACAUAGUAUUGCUACUGGUAAAAGCUUAACCUCUUACCCGAGUGUGAAGGGAGAACUAGUGAAAGACUACAAAUACAGUGAGGACAAGGUUGUCGUUGAUGGUAAUUUAAUCACUAGCAGAGGUCCAGGGACUGCCUUUGAUUUUGCCCUGGAGCUGGCCAAACAGUUGACUAACAAGACUAAAGCUGAUGAAGUUAAGGCUGGAUUGUUGUUGUAAACCAAAUGAACCAUCUGUGAUAAUAAUAUAUUUAUUCUUUAUUAAAUAUCUGUUUUCAAA